AUGACGACCAACUCUAUUGCAAGGAAGACCAUCACAUUGGUUACUGGAGGCAACGGUGGUCUUGGCUACGAGCUCGUCUCACAGCUAUUAUCAACAGCAUCCAACAACCAUGUACUUCUCGGUAGUCGCUCGGUCGAGAAGGGUGAAAAAGCCGUCAAGGCACUCCAAGCGCAGCACCAUUCGUCCAGCAGCACUGUUGAACUGCUUCCCCUCGACGUGACAAGCGAAUCAUCUAUUACGAAAGCCGCAAAGCAGGUCGAGGAGAAGCAUGGUUGGCUUGAUGCAAUUGUCAACAACGCCGCGAUCGCUAUGCCAGGCGGCAGUUUAGCAGAACAAAUGACAAUCUGCUUCCAGACCAAUGCAACAGGUCCGAUCCUAGUUGUCGAAGCAUUUGCUCCGCUGCUCCGCAAAUCUCAAACAACACCACGAAUCCUAAAUGUUAGCUCCGGCGCAGGCUCUAUCGCGAGGCGUCUUGAUCCGACCAAUGGCCUCUAUAAGAUGAAGGCACCACAGUACAACUGUAGCAAAGCUGCACUGAAUAUGGCCACUGCUUGCCAGGCGGCCGAGUUCAGCGAGGAAGGAUUCAAGGUCUUCUCAUUCUGUCCCGGGUUCACCGUAUCGAAUCUGAGCUCGAUGAACAAGACCGAAAACGGAGCCAAGCCAACCAGUGAAGGUGUGGYGCCUAUGAUCAAGAUCCUGCGUGGGGAGAGAGAUGCGGAGCACGCCUGCUUCCUUCAUGCUACGGGGCAAUUUCCUUGGUAG